GUCUGCGUCUGUCUGCGUCUGCGUGUGGUGCGUUGCCUUCUUCCUCCUCGCACACGCCAGGCACGAGACCAACACCCACAGCGCACGCACUCCAAAUAGCGAGCCAAAGGCGGGCCGAGGCCACGAGUCCUCCGCCUCUCCUCCGCCGCGUCGCUCGCGCUCCAGGCACGCCGAAAGCCGAAUCGGGGCCGCGAGGCAGCCUCCCCGGGCGGAUCGACCCCAGGGCCAGGGGCAUGGGCGGAGGGGACGCCGACGCCGGCGGCGAGCCCGCGGCCGCGCAGGCCACGCUGCACAUCCGGUGCACCAACGGCUCCAAGUUCGCCGUGCGGGCCGACCUGGGCGCCACCGUGGGAACGUUCAAGGCGAUCGUAGCCGAUAGCUGCGACGUGCCGGCGCCGCAGCAGCGGCUGAUCUACAAGGGCCGGAUCUUGAAGGACGAGCAAACCCUAGCCAGCUACGGUGUGGAGACAGACCAUACAAUCCACAUGGUACGUGGUGCUGCGCCACCACCAGCAUCCACUGCACCUGCAGCCAACCAAGAACCUACCACUGCUGCUCCUGCCAGUUCCCCAGCAGCAGGAUUGGGUGGCUUGUUGCAAAAUCUGGGUGCUACAGGGGCUGCUGCUAACAGUGGGGGUUUGGGUUUGUUUGGAUCUGGCCUCCCUGAAUUAGACCACAUGCAACAACAGCUAGCUGAAAAUCCUAACUUGAUGAGGGAAAUAAUGAAUAUGCCACUCAUGCAGAAUUUAAUGAACAGUCCUGAACUGAUACGCAGUAUAAUAAUGAACAACCCUCAAAUGCGCGAGCUCAUUGAUCGCAAUCCGGAUCUUGCUCAUGUCCUCAAUGAUCCAAGCAUCAUGCGCCAGACUUUUGAAGCAGUUCGGAAUCCUGAACUCAUGAGGGAGAUGAUGCGGAACACAGACAGAGCCAUGAGCAACAUUGAAUCUUCUCCAGAGGGAUUCAACAUGCUCCGUCGCAUGUAUGAAACUGUUCAAGAGCCUUUUCUGAAUGCGACAACAAUGGGUAGCGAGGGUGAUCGAAAUUCGAAUCCAUUUGCUGCACUUCUAGGAAAUCAGGGGUCUAACCAAGCAAGAGACUCAGCUGCAAAUGGAACAACUACAGCUUCAGACACCACAUCAGGGGCUCCAGCUCCAAAUACUAAUCCACUUCCGAAUCCUUGGGGUCCAAAUGCUGGAUCUGCCCAAGGAGCAGCAAGAUCCCCUCCUGCUACCAACACUAGGAGUACUACAGCAGGUGGCCCAGGAGGGUUGGGUUCAGCAGAUUUUGGAAGUACUCUUGGUGCCAGUGGUGGUGGCUCUGAUGCUACCUUCUUGACUCAAGUUUUGCAAAACCCAACUAUGAUGCAGAUGAUGCAGAACAUUAUGUCUAAUCCUCAGUCCAUGAAUCAGCUGCUUAAUAUGAAUCCAAAUGUACGUAACAUGAUGGAAUCCAAUACUCAAAUGAGAGAAAUGAUUCAGAAUCCAGAAUUUAUUCGCCAGUUGACGUCUCCUGAAACAUUGCAGCAAUUAAUUUCAUUCCAGCAGUCUUUGAUGUCACAACUUGGCCAACAACAAACUGGACAGGAGCGGACACAAUCAGCCUCUGGUGCAGUGCCACCAGAAGAACUGUAUGCAACACAAUUAGCUCAGCUCCAAGAAAUGGGUUUUUUUGACACACAGGAGAACAUCCGAGCCUUGGCCGCCACUGCUGGAAAUGUUCAUGCUGCAGUGGAGCGACUUCUUGGAAACAUGGGCCAAUAGAAUAUGAUGACGAACAUAACUGUGUUCUGAUCCAUGCGAUCUGUAGUUGGCAUUGUGAGAUUAUGUCUGGUUCAUUGGUUUUAGACCUGAGAUUGAGAGGCGGCAUCUAGAUUCUGUGUUUAAGGAUGAAUAAAGAGUGUACCGGUGGAACCUUACAUAUAAAUGUGGGCUGGUGUCAUGGUUAAAAUUGUUGUUGUUGGUACAUUGGGUUGCUGUACAUAUGGAUCUUUUGCAAUCUUAUUUGCAUUGUACAUGGACAAUGUUU